GCAAAUCAGCCCCUUUUCCAAGCAGAGCUCUUGUCUCUGCAGCUCCUGCAGGUUCCUUUCCUGAUGCUGAGAAAAGCAGUCACCAGCAUCCCAUCCCAGUGAGCUCUGCCUCCUGUGCUUUUCCUGUGUUUAUCUCCCAGUGGUGUUUAAAAGUGCUUUUCUGGACUUAGCUCCCCUGCUAAGUCUGUUCCCACUGAGGUUGUGCAAACAGUGGUGAGAAAUCGCGUGCUCCUCGUGAAGCCAGGGGCCGCGCUCAGGAGCAGAGGAGUUCACUGGAAAGCAGGGGAAAGAAAGCAGUGCUGGAAGAGCAGUUCAAGUGGAUGCAAUGCUUUUGCCCCCCGAACGUGCCCUCCCCUCCCAAGUGCUUAUUGCAGGGGCAGGGUUUGCUGCCAGGAGUCCCAGCCUCCUCCAGGGGACACGGCGCAGUGGUGAGGGCACAGCAGGGUGAGGAGCUGUGAGUUGGAGUCGUAGCACAGCUUCCUGCCCUCGAUCGAUGUUUAACUUCCAGUCUUAAGCUGAACUGCCGUGUGUGUUAAUUUUUCCUAGCUUCUAUUUUUAGAUGAUCUGAAAACCUUCUCUCUUAACUUGUAGUGAUUCACGUGCCUUAUGUUACCCAAAAGCUGCUAUUUUUAAGCGCUGUCGGUUUACGUUUUCAUUGGUAAAGCUGCUUGGCUCAGCAGCAAAAGUUCUGAGAGUCACCCACACGAGAUGCGCUGAGUGGGAGUGUUCUGCUUCCUGGAAGCAACCGAGAGCCUCUGGUUAUUAACUGGGGAAAGCAGAAGAGCUGUUGGCACCUUUUGAGGCUGGUGCUUUGGACGUGCUUUUGGCCUGAUGGUUGGCUGGGGUUGUGAAAGAAGCAGAGAGAAAAAUGAGCAGGAGGAGAAUGCUGGUCCGGGUCAAAUCCUAGCUGGGCUGGCUCCUGCUUCCAGUUUUAGCUCUGAUUUAUUUGAUCCAAAGUCAUUAUUUCCCGUGUCCUGCCUGUUCUUGCAGCCUGGCCUUCUCCCCAGUCACCAUAGUGAUGUUGUAACUCCAGCCUGUCCUUUUAUUGCAUCUUCUUCGCUCCUUUCCUCUUCCAGCUGCAGGACGGACGUGCAGCUCAUCUCCGUUGGUGUUCCCAUUGCAAAUUAAGCAGGCUGCAGCCCUCAUCUCCCUUGUUUUUUGGUUCCGUGUCCAGCUACGUGCCUGGUUUUCAUGCUCUCAAAUGUUCCCCCAGGUCGUCUGAACUGGUGGGCGAACGUGGAUCCCAGCUGCCAGAGGCUGCUUCCCCUGGCCACCACGGGUGAUGGGAACUGCCUGCUCCACGCUGCGUCCCUGGGUAUGUGGGGUUUCCACGACAGAGAUCUCGUGCUUCGCAAAUCCCUUUAUACCUUAAUGGAUAAAGGUGUGGAAAGGGAAGCCCUGAAGCGGCGGUGGCGUUGGCAGCAGACACAGCAGAACAAGGAGUCCGGUCUGGUUUACACCGAGGAGGAGUGGCAGAAGGAAUGGAACGAGCUGAUCAAGUUGGCCUCCAGCGAACCUCGCGUGCACUACGGCACCAACGGAGGCGGCUGCGGAGGUGUUGAAAGCUCCGAAGAACCCGUGUAUGAGAGCCUGGAGGAGUUCCACGUUUUUGUCCUUGCCCACGUGUUGAAGAGACCCAUAGUGGUGGUGGCAGACACGAUGCUGCGAGACUCAGGGGGAGAAGCCUUUGCCCCUAUUCCCUUUGGAGGUAUCUACCUUCCCCUGGAAGUUCCAGCCAACAAAUGCCACCGCUCUCCGUUGGUCCUGGCGUACGACCAAGCCCAUUUCUCUGCCCUGGUAUCCAUGGAGCAGAAGGAGCCCACGACAGAUCAAGCUGUGAUCCCCCUGACGGACUCUGAGCAUAAGCUGCUCCCCGUGCACUUUGCAGUGGAUCCUGGGAAGGACUGGCAGUGGGGAAAGGAUGACAGUGACAACGUCAAACUGGCCAGUGUGACGCUCUCAUUGGAAGCGAAGCUGCACCUGCUGCACAGCUACAUGAAUGUGAAGUGGAUCACGUUGCCUUGUGACACGCAGGCGCCUUUGGCCCAGCCGGAAUCCCCCACGGCCUCAGCAGGGGACGAUGCCCGUUCGGCUGUGGAGUCGGGAGAGUCAGACAAGGAGUCAGUCUGCAGCAGCUCAGCAAGCAACGGGGGCAGCAGGGGCUGCAAGGACAAAGAGAAACCAAAGAAAGACCGAGAAAAGGACAAGGAGAAGGAUAAGAAACGGGCCGACUCGGUUGCCAAUAAGCUGGGCAGCUUCGGCAAGACUUUGGGAAGUAAGCUAAAAAAGAACAUGGGUGGGUUGAUGCACAGCAAAACUAUCAAGGGAGGUGUGAGCAACGGGCAGGGGGACACCCUGGAGAAGAAGAAGAAGGGAUCCUUGAAGACGAGGAAAGGCAGCAAAGAGGAAUCCUCCCAGGGAGACCUUUCGGUUCCCGGGGAGAAAAGCUGCGUGGGUAAGGCGGCCUCCGAGAAGCCCUCGGACCCCUACAAGUACAGCAACGACGUGCGGCUGAGCCUCAGCAUCCUGCGUGCUGCCAUGCAGGGGGAACGCAAGUUCAUCUUCGCCGGCCACCUGAAGACCGGCCACCGGCACCAGUACCAGGAGGAGAUGAUCCAGCAGUACCUCCUGGAUGCUGAGGAGCGCUUCCUGGCCGAGCAGAAGCAAAAGGAGGCUGAGAAGAAGGCGCUGGGGAGCGCUGCCCCUGCCAAGAAGCUAGAGGUGGAAGUGAGGGGCGAGGAAGCCCUGCACGGCCCCGUGUACCCCCAGCCCCCCCCGGCCUACGCCAUCCACGCCCCGGAUUUGGCCAUCGGAGCUAAAAUGGCCGCGUUUCCCUCCAGCUACUCAGGCGUCUUCACCUUCCCCAGGCCCUCCGUGGUCAGCGGCAGUGCAGAAGGCUCGCACCCCCCCAGCUACCACGAGGGUCGGCGACAGGUGGCGGGGGGGUCCUGCAGCAGCCUCCCCCCCUAUGCCACCCUGCCCCGGCACUGCGCUCAGGCACGGCCGCCGCCUUCCCACGUGGGGAGGUUCUCCCCCACGGACACGGACGUUCACCCCAGCUUCCCCACGGAGUGCGAGGCCCCCGCCUGCGUUCCCCCCCAGCACAGCAACGGUUACCGGGAGUACCUGGAGCAGGACAGCCCGCAGAAGGGAGCACCAGCGGACAAAACGAGAGGCAGGGUUCUUUAUAGCGUUCAGCAGACCAAAUGCAAGCAGCCAAACUGCAGCUUUUACGGACACCCAGAAACUGGGAAUUUCUGCUCCUGCUGUUACAAAGAGGAGCUGAAACGUAAAGAGCGCGAGGCACUGGUGCACAGGUUCUGAGCGCUGCCAGGGCCGGACCUGCAGCACGUGGGGAAUGCAAUAACGGUGUGGUUUAUCCCCGCGCUCCUCGCGCUGCCUGGAAGGAGGGAGUGGGCUGACAGAGGCGUUCAGCUCUGCGCUGCGGAGGAGAUCCGGGCUGGGGGCUGGGAGGAGCGGUCCCUCCCUGCAGAGACUCGGGCACGGGGCUCAUCCUGCCUGGAUGGGGUCAGCGCAGGGCGUGCUCAGGUGGGAGCUGUGGGUGGAAGGGGGUCCCAGCGAUCCGUAUCCCAGACCAAAGCUUUCAGCUGGACCCCGACACCGCCUCACUCCAACAGUGCUUCCCAGAACGGAGCGGAACGCCCCACGAUCUCAGUGAGGGAGUCACAGACCUUUCAACGGAGAGAUUUUUUUUUAUUAUUUUUUUAUUUUUUAAACACUUAAUUAUUUUUUUCCUGGUACUGAGAGAAACGUAGUCGGAAUGGGAUGUUAUCAUUUUGUUUCGGUCGAACUGAGCCCGUCGGAUGUCUCAGCGCCUUCAGCACCGCGUGGGGCUCUGCCCUCCCCCACGGGCUCGGCUCUGGUUUUUAAAUAUCGUUUUUUAAGCUCUUCAGGAGGGUGGGAGGGGGACCGAGGGUGGUCUCAGCGCGGAACGGUGCCGAGUUUUCCUGCAGCAGCGCCGUGCAGAGCCGUUCUGUUGGCGGUACAGAGAUGGACAGAAGGCAGGUCGGUGCCCCCACCAGCAACACCUCCGGCGUGGAGCAGGAGAGAGGACAGAGCCCUGCAGCACGGAGGUAACGCCGCGCCGCCCAUAGCUUCCAGCCCUACGUGGACACACGCGAUAACUUUCUACUUGAGCAAGCUACUUCCAUACUACCUCUGUUCUGCUGAAUAGAAUUAACUCGGCUCCAUUUUGCUGAGCCACGUAACUGACCUUUAGGCUGAGUAAUAUUAAAGAUAUUUUUGAUAAUAGGGCUAAAGAGUGACACGUAAGGAAAGCGAACCCGUCAAUAACUGCGUAACUCACGCGUUGUCCACGGCGUUCCCCGCUCAGCCCGCAGCGGUCGGAGCGUCCCGGCGUUCCCGUCCCGCAGAGGGGCUGUGAUUCAGCACUGCGAUGUUUGCACAGAUUAUUUUUUUGUAAUUAGGGAUCCCAAACCGGGCUCGAUCCUCGGCCCAGUCCUGUAUAGAGCGAGGUCCAGCAUCUUACCACGUGGAAAUAAAAGAUGAGUUCUGCCGAUAACUCAAAAGCUUUACAACA